UCAGUUGCUUUACACACUUCGAAACGAAUAUACUUGUUUUUCAGUUCCGAUCUUUUUUUUAUAUGCUUUUUUUAAAUCUUUAGUAAGUUUUUGAUAAAAAGAAAACAAACGUGUGAACGAGAAAUUCUUGAGAAAUGAGUGUAUAUUCCUCUGAGGAAACCGUUUCGGAGGAAUCCCUAUUGCCGCCCGGCGACAGCAAACUCGACGCUGGCUUGGCGCAAAUCGAUGCGUGUAAUUUCAAUUCGAAUGCAUUGGCCACGCCCCCACAGCAUCCCAUGUUAGUGUAUACGAUUGACGACACCGUUGCCAGCUGCAGCGCCGUUUGUUGCGUGGAAUGCGCCGAGCCUGAAAACCUUGAGGCUUGCUGUAAGCCGAAACCGAGGCGGCGAUGUUGCCCCAAGCCCUGCCCGCGUCCAAAGCCCAGGUGCAAGCCGAAGGUGUGCUGUAAGCCAAGGCCCACAUGCAAACGCAAGCCAAAGAGAUGCUGCAAACCGAGGAAGAAGCCAUGCUGCCCCAAGCGAAAGCCACGUCCCUGCCCCAAGCGUUGCUAAAUGCAACCACAAUUGGCAGGAUUUGGGAUCUACCAUUGCCAUUGCCUCGGCUCUGUCGGCAUUUACAUAUGUGUAUGCAUGUGUGCAUGUGCUUGGAGCUAAUAAUGGGGAUUGGCAUUUUAAUUUUAUGUGUGUGUGUGUGUGAAUUAUAACAAGUGCUGAAAAUGUUCAAAAA